CCUGCACUGGGAUUUCAUGACACGCGCCUAAACCUAGCAGGGACCUCGAGCCGUGCUGCCUUCAGGCUCCGUGUUCUGGGAUGUUAUGUUAUAUUAUGGGAUGUUCUGGUAUAUUAUGGGAUGUUGUGGUAUAUUUCUGGAUUAAGUGACUUGUCCCCGUCGGAGGAGGAAGGUGCGGCUUGUUUUCGCGGCGCUUUUGGAAGUUGCUCCCCAUCCAGGACGGUGAGACCGACGGUAAGGACGACCGGUGAGGACGACCGGUGAGACCGACGGUGAGACCGGUCCGAGGGCUCGCCCUGCGCUCUGGAGGGGACUAGAGAGGAGACCCCAGCAGCUCGGUAAGAUGAAGACACGCAUCACGCUGGUCCUCUUCAGCUGAACGAUGGACGGAGAGAAAGCCAAGCGGGACUGUAACCGGUGCCUUCAUGGAGCCCUGACACACAGGGCAGAGAGCAGAUAAAUGGAGGUGAAGGACAGGAGCCGCUCCCCUUCCCGUAAAACCAGCCGGGUGGAGCAGGUGGUGGGACGAUGGCUGAGACGGUCCCGAGACCUAGGCAGCAGGUCUCACUCUCUGAGCAGAGACCGGGUUGCUAUGGAUGGGAAGUCAGCAGAGUGCAGUGGCUCUGAUCAGAGGAAUUACCCCUUCCGCUUCAUCGUUCAGAUUCAACGAGACCCAGAACUCGACUGUCAUGGCCUCACUCUGUCCUCCCAGACCCCCAUCCUGGUGCAGGAGGUCACCCCAGGUGGUCCUGCAGAUGGUCGGCUCGUCCCUGGCGACCGCUUGUGAAGAUCAAUAACAUCGCUGUCGAUGACCUGACCCCGGAGCAAGCUGCUGAAAUAAUCAGGGAGUGCCAAGAUUCGUUGACAUGACUGUCCUCCAGAACGAUAAUGGGCCCAAAGUCAUCAUUCAUCACACCAGAGAAGAGGGCCAAGCUCAGGUCCAACCCUGUGAAAGUUCACUUUGCUGAGGAGGUGGAAGUCAAUGGACACUCUCAGGGCAACUCGCUGCUCUUCCUGCCUAAUGUUCUGAAGGUGUAUCUGGAGAACGGGCAGACCAAGGCAUUUAAAUUUGACCCCAGCACCACAGUCAAGGACAUUGUGAUGACACUGAAGGAAAAGCUUUCUCUGAGCCAUAUUGAACACUUCUCCCUGGUGCUGGAGCAGCAGCACAGCAUUACCAAACUACUGCUGCUACAUGAUGAGGAGAGGAUACAGCAGCUGGUCCAGAAGAAAGAGGCCCACGACUACAGAUGUCUGUUCCGUGUUUGUUUCAUGCCCAAAACCCUCCAGGCGCUGCUGCAGGAGGAUCCCACUGCCUUUGAGUACCUCUACCUGCAGGGAGUGAAUGAUGUGCUGCAGGAGCGCUUUGCUAUAGAGAUGAGGUGUAAUACUGCCCUGCGACUCGCUGCACUGCACAUCCAGGAGAGAUUGGCAAGCUGUGGACAGUCAUCAAAGACCAACCUGAAGAUAAUCACGAAGACAUGGGGCAUAGAGAACUUUGUGUCAUCCACCUUGUUGAGGAACAUGCGAGAGAAAGAUCUGAGGAAAGCCAUCGGCUACCACAUGAAGAAGAGCCAAGCACAGAACGAUCCAAAGCAGAAGGGCCUGGCGGUCGAUCAGACGCGGAUAAACUACCUAGAGGAGCUCAGCGAUCUCAAGUCAUUUGCAGGGAAAUCCUUCAGUGCCACAAUGAUGCUUCAGGACAGGGAGUCGAUGGUGACCCUGUUGGUGGGGGCGCGCUACGGGGUGAGUCAGGUGGUCAACCACAAACUGAGCAUCCUGUCCACCCUCACAGAGUUCACCAGCAUCACACGAAUCGAGCUGCUGCCUGAAUCGGACAAGGUCAGCCUGGUCAAAAUAUACCUGCAGGACAUCAAGCCCAUCACAUUACUACUGGAGUCGGCGGCCGCCAAAGACAUGUCCUGCCUGAUAGCAGGGUACUGCCGAGUGUUUGUUGAUCCCAACCUCAACAUCUUUCCCUGGAUCCAUGACUCCAAGAAGCACAGAGUGUCUGCUGAGGAAGGUUAUGUAUCACGGUGUGGCAGCGACUCAGACACCUCCUCAGACUUGGACAUGGAGGGGCUGGUCACCCCGGUAUCUCAUGACGAGAGGCCCUGCCCUCGUCUCAGAUCCUCGUCAGACCCAGACGGGAGAAAAAGAAAAGACAGAAACAGAAGGAGAAACAAAAACGGCAAAGAAAAGGGAGAUAAACUUUGGGAGGAUGAAAAGCAAAAGGAAGAAAAGGAUGCUGACACCGAAAAGGAAAAGUCUCCCUUAAAUAAGAAUAGAGAGAGUAAGAGUGAAGAUACAGAGCACAAGGAGGAGACGGAGAGAGCGCAGGGUGGUCGGCAAACACAGACCGAGAUAACGGACAAUGAUUCUGGGGAGCGAGGGGAAAAAGUGGAAGGAGAGGUGCGAGCAGCCGAGGAGCAGCCAUCUGUGUCAGAAGCAUCAGAUUCUUGUAAUACUGACUCUCGUGUCAUCACCAGCCCCUCCAGCGACUCCCUCGACGCUUUGGAGGAAGAUGACUUGAUUUCAUGUUCUUCUUCCUCCGUCCACCCCAGUGUUCCCUCACAAACUCAUGCCCAUAGCCACUCCCCAUUUCAGCUUCAUCCCUACUCUCAUAGACAUGUCCAGGCCCACCUGCUCACCCCUCCACCGGCCCACGCCCAUCCACUCAUCCACCUCACAGCUCAUGGCAGGCGAGGAGGGGGCUGCAGGAGGUCAGGCGACGGAGCCGACCCCCAACUCCUCGCACCCGUCUCCCCCUCUCCGAGCCAAAAAUGUUCAGGUAACCCCUGCUCCGAUGACAGCUCCCUGUGUUUCGCCGAGCUCUCUCGCCUUGUGGACUUCCUGCCGAGCCCUCCAGAGGCCAGCGAGGACGACGAAGAUGAAGAAGAGGAGUUGAGGAGGAGGAGGAGGAGGAGGGAGUCAGCGAGAAGAGCAGGUGAAAGAGGAAGCAUUGAGGGAAGUUUUAGGGAACAUUCAAUGUCCCCUUCCCUGUCCUCCCCCUCACACAUGGACUUUGUGUUCAACUUCGACCAAAGCGACGCUCGCUGCUAUUACAAACUCUGCUCCAACAUCACCCCCGACAGCGCUCGCAGCCUGCCCCGCCCCCCGCAUCACAAUGAGGGAGAAGAUUGGGAGGAGGUGGAGGAAGGUCCGGCUACAGCAGUUGACAUGGAGCCCAUCCCCAUCCUUCAGCCACCACCUGGCUUUGGAGACAGCAGCUCCGAUGAGGAGUUCUUUGAUGCCAGAGAUCGCUUCACUUCCCCUGAAGACCCAACCUUGGGGGCCAUGCCAAGAGAUAUUCACACAGAGAUGAAACUGGACUUCCUCAGCACACUCAGCCUCAGUGACAUCAGAGUCUCAGUGACGGACGCAGACAAAGACGGAAACGUGGAAGAAGACAGAAAAGGAGGAGACGAGGAAGGAGGAGGCAGAGAGACGUUGUUCCAGCUCAGAAAAAGAUCCCGUAAGCGCCGUUCCUUCAUGGAAACUGAUUACACCUCUAGGGUGUCAUAUCCAGAGCCAGAUCCAGUAAAGCAGGACCUGGUCUCUAGUAGGCUUCAUAGGAACCUUUUGGCAGAAGCCAACAAUACACAGGUGCUGAGUUCAGAUCCUGAACCUUCAGAGCAAACCCAGAAUCCAAGUCCUACGGUCUCCUCUUUGACUCACUCUGAAGGAGAACCAGCUCUGCUCGAGUCAAAACCCAUCCUGUCUAAAUCCUGCUCACGUGGGCCUGGCUCUACUUGUGGUUUGGGGUCUUGUGAGCAGACUAGAGACCCCUCCAGGACCAGGAAACAAGAAAUGGAGAUGGAACCUGACGCAAUGGAAUCCAAAUCGGUCACAGAUCUGGUGAAGGCAGCGUCUCCUACCAUCACCGUUGUCCGCUGCCGGGUGGAUCCAGACGGGAAGGAGAGCGCCGAUCGGAGGGGUGACGGAAAGGAGGAAGGCCAGGAAGAGGAGGAGAUGGGUGAGGGGAAAGAGGAGGGAGAGGAGGAGGAGGAGACAGCAGGUGUGUCAGGGAACGGGCCAUUCACUAAUCAUAUGUUUUUGCCAGAAAGCACUGAGGAGGAAGGUAAUGGGGAAGAAGGGAAGAAAGAAGGGGCGAGAGGGUACUCAUCCAGUUCAAAGAGACCACUGAUAGGUGCCGAGAGGCAGCCAGAGGCCAACACACUGCCUGCAGGUUUGAUAGAUGUGAAUAAAAAGAGUAGUAAUGGCCUUUUGGGAGCGUGUCUGAUUGCCCUGGAGCAAAACUCACAUGUAGAGGAACAUGUGCUUGAAGGUGUGCUUGAAAAGUCAUCAUACUCACCACCGCCACCUCCACCUUCAUCCCCUCUACCUCCAGUACCAGUUCUUCACAAAUCCCAAAGUGACUGUUUAGUGCAGGGCGAAGGAAGCAGCGAAAACACGGGAGCCUCAACCGAAAUGUGUUCAUCUAACUCUGAGGUGAUGCCACUCAGCAAACAAAGCCACACUAACAAAGCACAAUUCCAUUUAGACAUCACCACCAGUGAGGAUGAUGCCAUCGGUGUUGUUAGCUCUGCUAUGACUACUAGCGACGAAGUUACCGACAGCACCAAUUCAGACAAUGUUUUUUUCGAUGAUGACGCAAGUAAUUCCUUAAAUUCUAGUUCAGGUGACAAAAAAGAUGACUGGGCUACAAAGCAUAGCAUUAGUGCAACUUUGGCUACAGCAAGUAAAAGUGAGUCUCAAAUAACUAUUAAGUCUCUUACCAACACUGAAGCUCACACAAGAGUUAGUUCAGUAAAUUCUGAUUAUACUCGAGCUAUAAACUCUAUCACUGCAAAACUUGGAGCUGCAACGAGGGCCACAUCCCCUACAUUUAAUUCAGGUACCAGAUUGCAGCGUGAGGUUACACAUGCUUCAUGUUCGGAUCAAAGUAUAGACAAACCCAGAAGUAAUUCCACUGGGCUAAUUGCUGAGGCUAAAGAUAGCUUAACUAGUCUUAGUUUAGCGAAAGUUAACGCAACCACGAUCCAUAAUCUCUCCAAAGCGCCUCCUUCUCCGACUCACUUCCUUAUCCAGACCUGUUCCCCAAGCAUUAUGGGUCGCCUAUCUGCCUCCACACUGAGGGGGAAGAUUCAACAGUUGCCCCUCUAUUUAUCGCGCUCCCAGGAAGUCCUCAACCAAGCUGGGGUGGGGAAUGUAGCUCAGAGUUCUGCUGAGGACAACAACAGGAAGGACGUCGAGAUCACCAUCAAAGUUACGGAUGUUGAUGACGUCACGCAAACGAUCGACUUCGAAACGGCAGAAUCAGUGGAGUCAGAUGAUUCGGAUACAACAGUUACAGGAUCUGAAGUGGAUGGAGAGUUAUUCUUUGAAACAAACAUGGCAAAAAGUUCUCAUUCUGUGUCAGAGGUGAUGGAGGUGAGCUCUCCAUCGCCUGUCCAGACUGAGCCCAAACCCCAACACCAAAAGCUUCUGUACACCGGACCUAUCAAGAACACACCAGGACCAAUAACAGAGCCCCCAGCCUCCCUAGGUAUCAGCCUCCAAAGAGACAGCUCAGGCCUAAAGAUGGACACUCCUGGCCCUAUAAAAGAUGCUCCAGAAUCAAAGAUGAAGGUCACAAGUCCAGGUGAAGACAUUCCAGGUUAUAAAAUGUAUCAGUCAUGUUCUAUCCUCCCUCCGAUAGUGGUGACCACGCAGAACCUAAAUGGACCAGGACUCCCUUUUCAUAGUCAGUCACAGAAAGUAAGACGGACCAGUAGCGACAGACCUUUGAUGGGUUUUUGUAGGCCGAAUUCAGACUCACCAAAACCUCUUUCUUCAGGCUGCAAGGUGUUUACUAUCUGUGAGGAUAUCUCCCAGACAAAGAGCCUAGCCGAGGUGGGGACCGCCCCACCAUUGAAGUCUGAGUUUGGCUGCACGUCUGUGCUAGCAUCUGGAUGCGAGUCGGUUGUGGAAGGGGUGCAGGUGCCGCUGGAUGCCUGUGGUUGCCCAACGGUGUAUACCAACUGCUUCAGCAGCGGGGACAGCUUCGAUGAGGAGCUGACCGUCUACGAGUUCUCCUGCCGCACACAGAGCAGCGGCGUGACUCCUGCAGGUGUUCCUCUCAUGACCACUCCACCCGUUCCCUCCUUCCUCUCCACCUCCUCCACCCGCUCUCCCUCCUUCCCACGCUCCAUCCUUUUCUCCUCCUCUACCUCUGAGCUUAGCCCUCUCCUCUCACCGCUGUCUGACGCCUCUGACCGUUUCCUGCCCCAAAUGCACAAGGACACUAUCAGUCGGCUAGGCCAGCAGCGCUACCCAGAACCCCCAACAGGUUUCCAAGUACUCCGCGUAGACGUGGACCAGCUCCUUUCCUUUCUGGAAAACAGCGGUGCUGACCGAUCUGUGGCGAGCCAUGGAGGUCGCCACCCAAGGGACACCUGUCCCACCCACUUUACAGAGAACAAGAGGGUGCUCCAGAUAGAGGCGCGGCGGCUGAUGUCAGGCUGCCAGAAGGUGGUAGGGAUCGGACAGAGCCCACAGGAAAUGCUUCACUCCCUGGCUGACAGUUUCCGGACCCUGGUGGAGUUGGCAGGUAUAUGCCUCUGGUUCUCCGGUUGUGAAAGGUGCGACCGAAGGAACACAGAGGCGGUUGCAGGUCUGGCAGACGUGGCCCGUUCGUUCAGGGACUUCUGUCUGGCAGCAGAGCGAGCCAGCAGCAAACGCAGCUGCCAGGACCCUGAGCUCCAAGUUGCUGGCGAAGCAGUGCACCGCGCUCACCGCCUCCGUCUUCUGCCUCACUCAGCUGUUCCGCACCCUCACUGCACUAUGAGUGGUCCACAACCUCUGAAGUCUUUUUAAAUGACAACCUGUGGCGUGUAACCUCAGAUACACAAGGUCACCAGUGAGCCCACAGCUGCUGCAGGUGUGGGUAGAGAGUGACCCGGAACUGGGGUGUUAAGGGUGGGCAGUGUGAGGUGAGUUUACCUCAGAAACACGCCUGUGUCACUGAGCUCCAUGACAGCUCAAAUGAUCACAAGAACUCUCAACAUCAUAGAGCCAGUUUGUGAUCGUCGACGUGCAUGUGGUUACUGACUAUAAUGCUGUGCACGUACUGUAGCCCACAAACCAAACAGUCAGCCAACAAGCAGGCUGUAGAGUGGUGCAAGCUGCAAAAGCAGAACCUGCUUGUUUUCUAGUAUUGAGGAACUGAUGUACUUGAAUGUAUUCUAUGUCAUGUAUUUAUUUAUUUAUUCUUUUAUUUCUUUUAUGAGUUAUUACAGUGAGAAAACAAGGAAUGUAAAGACAAGAAAGGAAGACAUUUGGACAUGUUUACAGGCAUAUCGUUUAAUAGAGCAGUAGUGGGCCUUUUACACAAACGCAGUCUCACGGCAGCUCGUUAAAUAGUCACGAAAUUGAAUCUAUUUGAUUCGUGUACAUAGACAUGAAUUUCCCUUUUUUUCGUGACACUCAGCACGACUAUCAACAACGUAUUUUUGUGCGUUUUCUUACGAAUGUCCAACAACACGUGACGCACAUGUCAA